GUCUCCAUUUUGGAGCCUCAUUUUGGCUAUAGUCUUCCAACGUGCUGCAGCUGUGCAAAGCUAACUGGGACAAAUCAUCCUCAAAACCAGGCCAAUCUAAGCCUAUCCAAAUUAGAUAAGUAUUGAAUUAUACUGAUCUGGAAUAGGAAAUCUAGUUAGAGGAGCAGGGUUAUUCCGUCGCUUCUAGAACUAAUCUUUGCUGUAAAGAUAGGGAAGGAAAGAGUUUCUCCUUCUAAUAUAGACAGCGUGAUUAGGGUAUAGUGGUUUUAUAAUCACCUUUGCCUUCUGGAACCAGGGAUAAUUCUGUAACUAAAACCUAUAGAAAUUUGUUUCAUUUUCUGUAACUUUAAGAUCUGUGCCAGGUUUACAACCUUGUAUGAAUAAACAUCCUUUUUUUUUGAAGUUUUCCAGACUCAGUCUUUCAAUAUUUUUAGGACAGCUUAUAGGGAUUUGCAGUUCGCCCGGAUAAAGGACGGCACGUUUCAGCUUUAUAGUUUUUUUAUUGUCUGGCGGACGGCACAGGCAGGAUUCAGCCACGAUUCUGGGAAUUGUAGUUCACCCACUCCAAACAGAAUACAUAACAUUAAAAGACAAAUAACACCAUUCUCAAAUGGCCCGGGCAUCGCCGGGACCCCAAGCUAGUGUAAUAACAAUUAUUUUCAUUGAUUGAGGGGGUGAAAACACAGAUCCCAGUCCAAAAUGUAUUGUCUCAACAGAAGACAAUACAUUAUAAAACAAGUCAAGUAAACUAGAUAUAUAGAUUACGUAAAAUCUUCCACAGCAAACAGAUCCAAAUGUUUUUGGAGCAGAAGGGAUCAGACAUUGUAUCGCUAUGCUUAUUAGGUAUGAUAAAAGUUGUAUUCCAGCACAUCUACAAGACACCUGGAUAUAUAGUUAAAGCAAAAUCAUGCAGACAGAAAAAUUUAUCUAUGAAGAAAGAUUUGGAGCUUUGAAUUUAGAACUCAUCUAUGGGGGAAAGGCUUGGAGCUUUACAGUGUACAAAAAGACUUGAACAGCAGAAAUGACUGUGCUGUAUAAAAUUAGGCAUAAUAACAGACAAGUUUUUCUCCCUGUCUCUCUCAUAAAAUUAAAACCCUGGAUCAUUGAGUGAUGCUGACUGGAGAAAUAUUUAGGAGACGCAAUUGAAAUGCUUUAUAUGAUGUAUCAUUAAAAUAUUGAAUUUGCUGGCACUAGCUCUUUACCCCCAAUUUGGCUUUAAAAAGGGAAUAAACAGAAUUGUGGAGCAUGAGGCUAUUGUGUUAUUCUGUGCCUUCUGGGUUGUUUUAUACUUUCACAUCAAUUCUAACUUAUGGUGAUCCUCAGAUCACAGGGUUUUAUGGUGAAAUUUGUUCAGAGGGAAUUUGCCAUCCUCUGAGGCAGGAAGAGUGUGACUUGCUCAAGGUCACACAGUGCAAUUUCAUGGCUGAGGCCUUGUAUUUGAACCCUUGUCUCUUAGGAGUCCUAAACCAAUAUUCACACUAUACCACCUUGGCUUUUUUAGUAGAUACUACACUAUAUAUACAGUAUGACCCAUGUAUAUGUGGAGUAUAUUUUCUUGGACUUUGCAUGGAUAAUUGUGGAUAACUGUGAACCAAGGCUGUAGCCAAAGGGGGUAAGGGGUUCAACCCCCCCCCCCAAAAAAAAUUCAGGUUUUUUUUUUUAACCUGGUUUACUCGUGAAUUUUAACUGGUUAACCAAAUCCCCAUGAGUGUCCACUGAAGUUAAUUGAUGGAGCCUGAUUUCUAAAUUAUUUUGCGUUAUGGAACUACUCUUCAUGAUUCACUAAAUAAAAGCCUCCCCCCCCCCCCAAAUUAUUUCUCUAGCUACGGCCCUGCUGUGAACCCAAUAGAAAUGAAGGACAUCUGGCCCAAGAAUACCAUAACCAUGCUGUAGAACCUGGAAAGUGCCUAAAAAUGACAUAGUUUGUAAGACAUGAAUGAAACCACAAAUACAGUAUGAGUAUGGUCUUGCAAAUCGAGGGUUGUACUGAACGACAUUCACUAACAGCAGCAGGACAAUACUAAUUUGCUUGUAAAUGCCUUGUAUGUUUCCCACGAACCUAUGACUGACACUUUGGAAACAGGGUACUUUUUAACAGAUACAAUAUGACUCUUAUAUGGUAGAAGAGUACAGGUCUAGCGUAACUGUUCUUAUGUUGUGGAAAUGUCUUUUAAUGAAGGGAUUGUUGUUGCACUUCCCUCUUCUGUUUUUAAAGGCUUUUAUUCUGUUUUCAUUCGGUGCUUGAUCUCAAUCCAAUAUUUGGAUAUCUUAUGUAAUUGUUCGCCAGUCUUCUAACUGAUUUGAUUGAUGUUUUAACUGUUUUCUGCUUUAUUUCAUGUUAGGAACUGCAUGUGAUUCCACACUAGGCAAAUGGCAGGAUAUCAAACAAACUGAUACAUUUAGAGAUCACCUUUAUCAUCUGAAAGUGCGGGUCCACACUGUCACUAAAAAUAUUUUUUGUUUCAGGGCAAGUGGGGACAUAGCUAGAAAUAAAGAUAUUCCAUUGCAAGUAAUGCACUUUAAUGCGGAUGCCUUGAAAUUCAAAAGUUGCCCUCAAAUACCUUUGAAUGUCUCGAAACUCAAAAGUUGCCUACAGGGAGUAAAUUAAAACAAAUUAAUUACAUUGACUAUCACACUCAGGGCUGGUGCCAGACAUCCUGGUUCCUGAAGUGAAAGGGAGUUUCCCUGCUGCAUCCAAUUCCACCCACUGGCAGCUGAAUCUCACAUCAACCUGGUGUGAUGGGACAGCAUUUUUUACCUUAGCUGAGGAAAGCAGAUUAACUGAAAGCCAGGAGGCAAUUUGGCCGACUACUUGGCUCUGUACCUCCACAAAGAACAGCUGGGUGCAACUGUUUCUGCCCCUUCGGCACCACCAGCACCUAGUAAUAGGUUUCACCCUGAUCCCACUUGUUGAACUUACUAUCAAAGACAAGAAUUUUGCAUCCUUUAUGAAGUGUAGGCUGAAAAUAAGGUACCAUAGAAAAUAGCAUACCAGUUCUUUCCGUGUUCUUAGGGUUGGAGAGAGAUAUCAGUAGAGAAUAACCGGUCUGAGUCAAGUCCAAGUAAUCAAUUAAUAUACCAUAUAGAGCUAAAGGUUCCUUAGUUGCUGACUGAACGGCGGAAAAAAGGAACUGCCUAGCCCCGCCCACAGGGCCUUAUAUACGGGAGAGUGGGCGGGGCUCGCACCAAAAAGUUUCAUUAGAGCUUCUAGAAGGUUCCGAAAUGCUGCGCAGGCGCAGUAGGAAAUCCCAUAUGUGCGAUUUCUACAGAAGCACCACGAAGAAGAAGCAGUUAUUAUAGUACUAGUAUUCCAUCCUGUCAUAUGGAGGGGCAUUUGAAUACCCCAAAGGCAACAGAUUCCAACUGAUCUUGGAAGCUAAGGAGGGUCAGAUCUGGUUAGUAUUUCAAUGGAAAGGCUUCCAAGGAAUACCAAGUCUGUAGACUAUUCUUCAAGAAGGGUCUGGCAAGACCACCUCUGAGUAGUCAUUGCCUCAGAAAAGCCUAGGAAAUUCAUGGGGUUGCCAUAAAUUGACAGGCCACUUGAAAGUACACACUAACACACAUAUUUAGAAUUCUCAGCCAUAGGAUGUUGCCAUGGCAGCUAAAGUAUAAUAAUAGGACUAUAAUAUAUGCAGCGUGAAUAUGGCCUUGGUAAUGUUACAAGGGGGGUAAGAGAAGGGGCAGAACCGGGUGGUUUUGUGGUCUCACCUUGAUAUUCCUCCCUCUCUCCACCUGAAGCCUGAGAAUUGGGAAACUGCAAGACUUCCCGGUAGAAGCCAAAACACAAUGCUUGUGCAUAAUGGGGGAGAAACAAACCUUGAAUGAAGGAAUGUGUUUUCAGAAAACAUUGGCUGUAAAAGGGUCCAGACAGGAGAAGUAAAUUCCAUCGACACACACCAAGUGGUUGGCUCAGCUUGAAAGUGCUUCCAUGAGUUAACACUGGGCUGAGAUCUACCCUUCAAUCCCUGCAGCCAAGCCAUCUGCAGCUGAACAAUGGGCCAAAAAAUCUCAGGGAGCAUAAAGUCUGUUGAUGUGCGGGAGCCCCCUUACAGACCGGUCAAACGAGAACUCAGGGGACCCGAUUUCUGCAAACCUGCACGACUGGAUAUGCUGCUGGAUAUGCCACCAGUCCAAUUGGAGGUUCAGUACAAACAUGCUUGGAACAAUGAAGAUCGAUCCUUAAAUAUAUUUGUGAAGGAAGAUGACAAACUAACGUUUCAUAGACAUCCAGUUGCCCAAAGCACCGAUUGCAUUCGGGGUAAAGUUGGCUAUACCAGGGGCCUGCACGUUUGGCAGAUUCACUGGCCCACUAGGCAACGAGGAACUCAUGCCGUGGUUGGAGUGGCAACGGCCGAAGCUCCUUUGCAUUCUGUAGGAUAUACUUCAUUGGUUGGUAGCAAUAACGAGUCAUGGGGCUGGGAUCUUGGACGUAACAAACUUUAUCACAACUGUAAAAACCAGCCUGGAGCAACAUAUCCUGUAUUUUUGGAACUAGAUGAGUCUUUUGUACUCCCAGACUCCUUACUGGUAGUUUUGGAUAUGGACGAAGGGACACUUAGUUUCAUUGUGGAUGGACAGUACCUUGGAGUGGCCUUCAGGGGACUAAAAGGGAAAAAACUCUAUCCAGUAGUCAGCGCAGUUUGGGGACACUGUGAAAUUACAAUGAGAUACAUCAAUGGACUUGAUCCGGAACCGCUGCCUUUAAUGGACCUGUGCCGAAGAUCAAUUCGCUUCGCUUUGGGCAGAGAACGCCUGCAUGAUAUAGAAACUCUACCUUUGCCUCAGUCUCUGAAAAAUUAUUUACAAUAUCAGUAAUAUGAUUCUAGCUCCUUAAAUGGUAGAAAUUGUUUACAAUGGAAUAUAAAUCUUCGUGGUGGAUUUUUUGGAGUGUUAUUUAAUUAUUAUUAUUUUUUACAUUUUUUAAAACCAACCAUGGCAGAACAUUAUGGAGACUACUAAGGAAUGUGAAAGCCCAUUGAAUUGGUUUAAUACUAUCAUUGAAAUAAUUAUUGCCUACACUGUUAGCAGCCUUGUUAUGAACCCAAAGCUUGUCUUCACAGGUCAGAUCCAAAGUUCAAGUGCAUGUUUGCCUAGAUCUGACAUUGGGCAUGUACCAGAUAAAUAGACCCGCCCAAAAAAGCAGCCCUUAUGGAAGAAAACCCCCCACAUCUCUUAGUACAGGUUGCUGUAUGGUGAGUAAAAGAAAUAGAUACUUUUUGUGGUUCUCAAAAACCAGAAUCACAACUCCACAAGACAGAGGAUAGAAGAAAAUAAAAUUGGUACAUAUAGCAAGUCAUUGCAAUUCCUGUACAUGUUAGCUAUGAACCAAAGUGCUUUAUACAUAGGGGCUGCUUAUUCUCAUUUGUGAAGGAUAAUGCUCCAGUGUGCAUACUGGAUUCUCAUGUGCACCAUAGAAAGGAAUGGGAAAGCAUUGUGCCCUGGGAGCAUUGGAGCUGCAUUGGAACUGCUAGAUUGUGGCCUUUACUUUUAGGUGCUCAGGUUUUAUUUCCAGAAAAUCCAGCUUCAUGGUACACCAUCUGCCAUAUUUUAAAUUGUGUUAUAAAAAAAGCUGUGUCUUGAUUAUAAAAGUAGUUGAUCAUCCCCUUUUCCAAAGUAACUUGGCUCAGUCUGAAAACCAGGUAAGCUGAAGUAGCUUCUUAAACUAUUUGUUCCCCUUUUUUACUUCAGCAGGAUAGCUUUGUCUGAAAUGUGUGUUCUUGAGCUUAAUUUGUUGCUGAUUAGGUUGUGUAUCUGUUCCUAUUCAAGUUUUUCAAGCCCAACCCUCAGACACCAUGCCACUUUUUAACGGAGUUAAAUCCUAUGUGUACUUCAUGAACUCCAAAUACUGUUUUUAAUGGAACAUAACAGGUGUUCCACAGGCUCAUUGAACAUGCAGAAAGAUUCUUCCAGUCCUGCAGGCUAUCCUUACCUGCCCAAACUAUCUAUUGCCCCCUAUUCUCCUUCGUUAAUGUCCAUACAAACAGAUAUACAUAACUCCUAUAUUCAAGGAAGUAGCUUGGGUAUUCACACCUAUAGACAUACAGAUAUGCAGAACUCACCAUGCAUGGAGCUCUCUGACAUGAAUAUGUAUAUCUGGCAGUAGUGGCAGGUAGCUUCUAUAUAAGUGGAGCAGUGAAUCUGUUCCACUGAAUCAGUUGAUUUUUUUUCCAUUUUGGGAAUAUGGUUCAGUACCUUGGUACACAAGAGAAGUCAUUUUUACAUAUGUGUAAUGGAUAUUCAUCAGGAGAGUAGGAAGAAGCACACAGUUGAAGCACUCAGUAAGAUUAACUCAUAGAAUUCCCUUCUACACAUGUUAAUUGAGCACAUGGGAAGAAUUUGUACAUGCCCUUACAAUGUUUUAGCUACCCAAAAUAUGUAGAACCUCCCAUUUUUUAAAAAAAGGGAACUUGCAGCACCUUAGAGAUUGCAAAAAAGAAGUUGGUUGCAUAAGUUUUCAUAGAAUGUGUUUAUUCACACAAAUACUUCUGAAGCAGUAGACUAGGGACCUCUUCACACAAGCUUCUUUUCGGUGGUAGGGGUUUUCACAUUUGGCCAUGGAGCCCAACAUCUCUUAUCACACCCAUUAAAAGUACUUCUGGGGCAGCUCCGUGGCUGAAGUGGGAAAAAACCUUUGCUUCCUCUGAAAAUAAGCCAGCGGCGGACAACGGGAGGCUCCCUGUCUUUUCAUUAGUCAGGUCGAACCAGCUUUAGGAGGAUUCCAUUUGUGCGAUGAGGUAGGGGGAAAGCUGGGACGGUGCAGGGCAUGGGGCAACAUGUCCCCACGCCCCCUGGGCAGGCACCACUGGGAUCACCACAAUCCGUGGCGAUACUGAAUGAGUCCAGCUGUGUGUGUGAAGAAAUCCUUAAGGUCUUUGAAGUCAGUUUAGGCUACCAAUUCCUUUCUUUCAAUUAAGUAUCUAAGGUGCGAUAAAUUCCUUUGGACACUGAUACCCCAGAUUAACUUGCCUAAGUUUUUGAAUUCUCCCAUACUUUUAAUUCUUCAUUCUCAGGAGGGGGUGUGUGUCUUUUUUCCUUCCCUCUCAAGUUACUGUUGGUAGUCAUUCAUCAAGAUCAACUUAUUUUUAAAGACACUGCUUUCUUUUUGCAUUUCCUGCUAUGUUCAAAAUUCUCUGCCUGAUCAGUUAUCUAGUUUUUAACUGGAAGUUGUUGUAAUGGCAGAAUGUCGAAUGUUUAGACUGAGCUGCCUUCAGCCUAUUUUAAUGUGAAUUUACCGAAGAAUGAAGAUGUUUCUAAUAAAGUCUACUGUCCAAA